AUGGGUAUGGGCGGGAUUGGGAAGACAACUUUAGCAAAAUAUGUCUAUGGGUUACAUUCUCAUGAAUUUGCCACAAGCAGCUUUAUUGAGGAUAUUAGUAGGGCCUCUAACAAAAGAUCAGGUGGGUUGCUUGCCUUACAAAAACAACUUGAUGAUGAUAUUUCAACAUCAAAAUCAAGUUCAACUCAAGUUCACGAUGUUUCUACAUACAUCUCAAUGAUAGAGAAUGUAGUAGCCCGUAAAAAGGUAUUUCUAGUUCUUGAUGAUAUUGAUCGUCUCGAACAGUUGGAUGCAUUACUCGGAAGCAAAGGUUUCCAUACAGGAAGCAAAAUAAUAAUAACAACAAAGGAUGCAUGGUUGAUACAGAGUUGUGCGAUGUUCAAAACAAACCUUAAACCCAAGCAUGAAAAGCAUUUGCUUAAUGGCUUAUAUGAGAUCAAAUCAAGGGAACUUUUGUGCUUUCAUGCAUUCAUGUGCAACCAUCCCAAGGUAGGUUUUGAAGAGGUGUUAGAAAAGCUUGUGAAGUAUUGUGAAGGGCAUCUGUUAACUCUUGAAGUUUUGGGCAAGUCUCUACAUAAUCGAGAUGUAGCUUAUUGGGAAGGGUAUAUAGAAGGCCUGAAGAAAGAGAUGGGUUCCAAUAUCAAUAAUAUCCUGAGAAUGAGCUUUGACACUUUAUCAUCCAAUGAUAAGGAAUUAUUUAAGCAUAUUGCUUGUUUCUUUGUUGGAAUGGACAGAGAUGUUACUUAA